GUCGCCAAAACACAUGCGAAAAGCGCGCCACUGACUUUCGUAACACACGCAAAACAAUCUUUCAAAACUGCUGCCGAGUGGCUGGGUUAUUGCACUCGAAGAAUACCCCAUGGUACCAGAAGACCAGAAGUAAAAUAGUUAUCCUCGACCACCAACCAAGCAAGUACCUUAUCUGAAUGCAGCAAGAUCAAGCUCGGAACGACCUCAGUCUGCAAUAACUGCCUUCCUGUUCAGAGGCUUCUCCAGUCGUUUCAAAUUGAACUGUCGGUAUACCCCCACACCCCCACUCCAACCGACCAGAAUUCAAUGAUAGCAGGUCGCCGCAAGAAGAACAAGCCUUUGUCCGCAGGUUGGAGCGAUAGCGAUUCCAUCAAUAAUGUGGCUCCUGGUGCCUGCAAUGGCAAUCAUAAUAACAACAACUCAAUGAUGAGGACUUCUAACGGCGGCAAGAAGAAAUUACAUUCGGUCGUCAAGGGCGUGGCCAAGCUGAGUCUCUGUGCGGCGGUUGUGACCCCGCCAGAGGAGUGUUACUACUUUGAAGUGGGCAACGAUGAUGGCUCUCACACCACCGAGACGGCAACUUCCUCCAGUCUCUCCAAUUCACAGCAACCAUCUCCCACAUCGAUUUGUCAAGGACCUUCGGUGCGACGCUUGUCAUCUUCCAGUGGCAGUAAACGAAGAAGCAGCCACAAGAAACAACAACAAAAGUGCAUCGAAACUCUGGAUCGAUGGUCUCACGAACAGCAAGAGCAGCACCGAAAACUACUCGAUCGAGAGGAACAAGAACGGGAGCAGCGCGAAUUGAAGAGACUGUGGGAAUUGCAACAGAAACAACAGCAACAUCAUACAGCCGCCAGGAGACCAUCCUCCACUGACAGUAAGCGGGCAUCCUUCAGUCAGCAGGGGGCUGUCGAUCUAGAUGAGGUGGAUGACUGGAGCUUUACUUCCUCUGACAUGGAUGAUAAUAAGAAUAAUGAUGAUAAUGGCGGUGGGGAUCCUAACAUGCUCAUUCAAGUUCAUGGCGACGAUGAGGAGACUCACCGACGACAAAAACAGCAGCAACAAUACGAGGAGCCGCCCUUGGUGGCACAGACAUCCUAUGCCAGACAACAGCUCCUGCAAUCCUCCGCAUUUCGACGUGCCAAGGAACAGAGGAAACAAGACAAACAACGAAAACGACAGCAACAGCAACAACAACAAGAUUACUAUUAUGAUGACGACGAUUUUUUCAUCUUGGAUGAAGAAGAAAUGUCACGAGGUCUAGGAGGAUACGAAGAAGGAUUUGAUGUGCCCACCAUGGAAUCGCAUGAAUUCCAUCAUUUGCCAGUCAAGACACGGGAGGAAGAGGAUGAGCUAUCCGUCUCUUCGUCGGAGGAAGAAGAAGAACAGGAUCAUGCAAGACAUGCCAGAAGGGGAACGACCAUCAAAAAGAAGAGGAACGAUGAUGCUUCGAGCAGUCUGACGAGCAGUUGGCAGGGCAGUGCGUGCAUCCAUUGCAAGAAUGGGACAUGCGACAAUCCUGAUUGUUCCUGUUCCAGGUUCAUGAUCUAGCUAGCAAUAGAGUUGCCAGCAACAUCGCAGAGGCUGAUCCGUUCGAUUCAGCUUGCGACUGUGUGCUCGUAGCUACGAUGGGGGUUAGAGUUAAGUACAUUACAUUAGACCUAGAUUCCAGUUAAACUACAGAUAAGGUAGUCUGGCUACA